UGACAGAUGUUGUUGAGUGCCUCACAAUGACGGACAGAGCUGGAUGAGGCUCAGAGGACAUGGUCGAUGUCUUACCGGGAUGUGAUGUCUCUCAACAGGACUGUUACUGACGACUCACCAUGUCUCAAACAUGCUCCGUCCUCAUCGCCAUUACACUGCUGGUGGUGCAGCUUUGCAUGGGUGAGAAGUCCUGCACCAUCUGGUCCAGCGCCGGAGCCGUGGUGCAGCGAGACACCAGUUUUAACGUGUACUGCACCUUUAACUGCAAGUGCAGGGGAUCCAUGUACAGUGGCCACCCGUCCACACCACAGAGACACAUUGAGCUGAACUCUACAACCAUAUUUUUUAAGGUUGUGAACAUAACAAAGAACAGGACAUACAGCUGUCAGUGUAACUGUUCUCCUGCACUGGACCCCUGUGGACUGGACAUCUUCACUGGGUAUGUACCAGAUCUUCCUAAAAACCUGUCAUGCAUCUACAAGGUCUUCAAUAAUACAAGUGGAGAAGUGCUCUGCACUUGGAACAGAGGAAGGAACACUUAUCUUACAGAAAGUACAGUGCUGUGGCUGGGAACUGUAUCGGGAAAUAACACAAGUAAACCGAAGCCACACAAAGUCUCCAGUAAGGGAAGUGGUUCACUGUCCACUGCCACAGUGAUCCCUGUGCUCAGGUCUGUGCAGCUCAUCUACGUGUGGGUUCAAGCCAACAAUACACUGCGCAAUGUGGUGUCUGCCACCGUCAACUACACCCUCACUGACAUCGCAAUGCCGUCACCUCCUGUUCUUGGCCAACCAGAGUGCUCCUCCCGGGAGUGCAUCUUCACAGUGGAGCAGCCUGUGAGGACGCACCACCUGCAGAUUCAGUACAAAGCAGCAGAACAGACAUGGACAUCUCACCCAGAUCAAAGCGUGCAGAUGAGUACAGUUCAGGCUCGGUGCAUCUCCUCUCUGGAGCCCUACAGUUUGUACCAUUUCAGAGCCCGAUCCAGUUUCAGCACUGGCCUGUGGAGUCAGUGGAGCAAAAUAAUUUCCAGCUGGACUCAGGAGGAGGCUCCUGAAAAAGAGUUGGAUGUUUGGUAUGCUGAGUCUGCAUCGGACUCAAAAUCCCUGAGAGUUUACUGGAAGGAGCCGCACAUUUCCAUCGCAAGAGGGAAGAUCCUAGGGUACAGAGUCAGAGUUUACAGCCCAGACUCUGGACUGGAUCUUGUCACUAACUUAAGCCGUGAUGCCAGGAAUUAUUCUGUCCCAACCUGUGCUAACUGUGAAGUCACUGUGUGGGCUCGCAACUCCAAAGGGUUGUCGCCUCCUGUUACAAUCACAGCACAUCACACAAAAGCCAAGUCCUCUCAGGAUGUGCAAGUAACUACUGGCAACCACAAUGUCACCAUCUCCUGGAGGAAGCCUGAAACUGCACUGUUACCAGCCUCAUAUGUGGUAGAGUGGUACCCAAAGGGUCAGAAGCUGGAGGAACUCAGAUGGGUCCGACUGGGCGGCAAUGACGACCAUGCAGUCAUCACAGGUGUUAAGCCAUUUGAAUGCUACGAGGGGGCAGUGUAUCUUUUCUAUAGCGACAGCUCAGUGACCAGGAUGAUGUUUUCAGGUGUGGCCACUUUGGAGUCAGCCCCAGAAGUUGGUCCAUUGUUCCAAGAGAUGGUUGAGGGACAAAUAGUGAAGGUGACCUGGACGGAGCUUCCCAGGAGCAAGCAGAGGGGCUGCAUCACCAACUACACCAUCUACUUAGAGAACAACAGUGGACACCAGCAGCAAUACUCCAUACCAGCAUCGGACAGGACGUACGUGAUCCAGCACCUGUCUCCUGCCGUCUACAGCAUGUGGAUGACUGCGUCCACCGCUGAGGGAGAGGGCCCUGUGGGUCAACAACUGAAGUUCCUCAUCCAGCAGGGAACUCUACUGGCCAACUUCCUCGUGUUUGGUGUUGUCUCCCUGAUUGUGGUUUUAGUGUGCAUGUGCCAUUUUUCAGCAGUGAACCAGAAGUUUUGGGGGUUUUUCCCAUGCCUCAUGCUCGAUGUUGUCCCAGAUCCUGCAAACAGCAAGUGGGCAAGAGAGUUUACCCAAGAGAAGGGCAAAAUGAACCUCCAGCAGCAGCACAGUAACUCCAGUGCAACCGAGGAGGAAGAGCCGAUCCUGGUGGAUAUUGAGGAGCUGCCCAGGCAAAGCGGUGACAUAUCCACAUCUACAAACACCUCCUCACUACUCCCUUCUCAGAUCAGCCUGAGCUUAGACACCACACCACCAUACCCUCUGACCACGUACAUCAAGAGCAUCUCCCACGAUUCUGACAGCUCUGACCACACACAUACCUCCCUGGGCACGAGCACAACUGUUGACUACAUCUCAUCACACUGUCUGGGAGAUAUGGAGGAGGAUCAGGGAGAGGAAGAGGAGGAGAUGCUGGGUUUCUUCCCCAGUCACAACCUCUUCAACGGGCCCAUAGGCUUGGGAGGAAAGUUGACUCUGGACGCAGUGAAAAUUGACCUCUGUAGUGACUUCUUUCAGGACAGCUAAUGUAAAACCAGAACUCUCUGGUGGGAUGAGUGAGAACUUUUAGAGGAAGAACUGAUGAAGACAAUGAAGGACACAAACGUUUUAGUGUGUUGUUUGGAUCACACUGGGACAAAUAUGAUCUACCUCUUAUCUUGAGAAGAGAACUGUAAAACAAAAAGUCUAGCGCUAAACUGAGCAAUAAUCAUUGACUUAAUGUGCGCUUAAGUUUAAAUUGUAUGCAUUAUCCUUUUCUUCUGUCAGGAUGGCUAUAGACACACUAAUACAUUUCUGCCCCCUUGAAAGUUACUAAAAAAAGAACUAGUCUUUUACAUUUUCAGGAUCAGUCAUAUUCAGAACUGCCCUUUAAAUAUUUUUAACCUAUCACCAUCACUGUUCGGAUAUCAUUUUUACUUGUAUAGAAACUUCUGAUUUGUUCAUUUACUUGUGCAGCCUUAGUGUGAUUUGUCAAGUUUUAAUAUCAAUAAAAAUAAAUUAUUUAAUCCUUUGCACUUGUUCGCAGUUAAAAGGAGUUUGUAAUCUCUGCUGAGCAGGUUUUCAACCGUCUGUUUUGUAAACCAAUCAUCCAGGGAAUAAUUCAGGCACAUCCAGCAAAAAGAUCAGGCACAUCUAGGGAACUGAUACCUAUGAAUGUCACACAUUUCUAGUUAGAAUAAUUUUUGAGUUGUCGUUCCCUUGUAUGAAAUACAGGUCUAGAACAGAGGACUGAAAGCCAGAGUGGGUUUUGACACAUUUGCAAACAGUUCAAUAAAAUCCUGAGGUGAAAGUUUAACAUUUCACACACCUGUUCUACAGCUUCCAUCUCAAAACACAGGUUACUUAUAUUAGACAAUGUAUUGGGAUAUAACUGGCAACAAGUAGAGCAAAGCAACAGAGAACAGCACACUUGUGACAUCAUUUUGUCUGUGGACAGGGAAAAAAAGUGACGCUGCAAGAAAUUUAUCGACCAUCUUUAUUUACCGACAGAGGUCUCCAAUAGCAGGGCUAGAAUUCACACAUCUGUAGAGCACUUCAGUUGUUCCACACAAUGAACGACUGUAUUUCUUUCAGAGCAAUUAUGCAGUGGUGCCACUGUGAGAGCUACAGGGCGAGUCAACAGUGGAGGAAAAUAUCAGCACAGAACAGACUGUCGAAACAAACGGACGCUGGGCUGAAUUUACAUCUGUGGAAGGAUGCUCGAGUGGAGUGUGUAAACAGUCAGGAGGCCUGAGGGAGGCUACAGCUGCAUCUCAGCUGCAUCAAGACACUUCCUCUCUGAAUCACUCUUUGAAGAAAACUUUUGAUUGACUUCCACAUGGUGAGUAAUCGGAGGUGAAAUGUGCGAGGAGGAAGAGACACUCGAUUGUGAACAGCACCCCAAGUACGAGUUAAUCAGAACACAUGGAACAGCCUGCAGCUUCAAAUUAAUCCACUUGACAAAGGUCACAGGAUCUAUGUAAAUUUAGCAAAGUAAUGACCAAUGUGUUCCUCCAAAAUGACCCAAUGUUCCUCCUUAAAAAUAUUUAAGUAAAAAAAAAAA